UAAGCAAAAUGUUUACGAGUUGGAGGUCAUUGGUUCUGUAUCAAUGUUCACAGCCUCGUGUCAAAAAAAUUGUACUUUUCUAUUUACAUCAUGGCAAUUACAAUUAUUGCACCGACUUCUGCCGCCAUUCCUCAUCAUACAGAAGAUGCCUCUGAUCAAUCUGACGAUGGAGGUGUUGAUUUGGAAGGCGAUCUUGAUAUGCGACCGUCCAAACGGGCAAAGCAUCAAGAGAUUGUUACACCUGGUGAAAUAAUCACGGAUGAUCCUCAAUGGAUGAGGUAUAACUCCUUUUAACCUACAAAAAGCCGCAAGCAACAGUCAUAGCUAACAAUACUUCUAGAGGUCAUGGCACACAUGUAGCUCCCGGAAGUACUGAAAUUAUAGGAACCGUCGCAGGUACAGUUCAGAAAACGAACAAGCUUCUCUCAGUACGACCAUUACGCGCCCGCUAUACGCCAGAAAUUGGUGAUCUUGUUGUCGGACGAAUUAUAGAAGUUCAAAGUAAGAGGUGGCGUGUGGAUAUUGGAGCUCCUGUUCUUGCAAAUUUACCACUAUCUGCGAUCAACCUUCCAGGAGGAAUUCAAAGAAAGAGAACGGAAACUGAUGAACUUCAAAUACGAACAUUCUUUUCCGAAGGAGAUUUACUGGUUGCCGAAGUCCAACAAUUAUAUCAAGAUGGUAGUGCUAGUUUGCAUACGAGAAGUUUGAAAUAUGGAAAACUAAGGAAUGGUGUUUUCAUGGCUGUUAGUGGAACCGGUGGUGGUGGAGGUGUAGUUCGCGCCAGAAGACAAGUCUGGACUAUCGAUACAGUACACAACGGAGGGAAGGUAGAUGUCAUUUUGGGGGUCAAUGGAUUUAUCUGGAUAUGCAAAAACGUCGAAGUGAAAGAUGGGGAAACUUCUAUUACAAGGAUCGAGGAGAGUGUUAGCAGCGCGGCAUAUUCAAGUCAAAACGACGAAAUAACUCCAGAAACUAGGAGGGAAAUUGCGAGAAUAAAGGGGGUCAUUCAAUUGUUGGUGGAAGAAGGAUUGAGGGUUGAUGAAGAAAUGGUCAUGAAAGCCUAUGAAGCUGCUGUCGAGGUAGAUGAUGAGGAAGAAGGUGAAAGUAGCGCGUAUGUCGGAGGAGAGGUAGGCCAGCGGGUCUUAAGUCUAAUAAGCGGAAUAUGAAAAGAGACAGCAUUGAUUCUCGAUGGGUAUUAAAAUCCAAAAAAUCCACACGAUCCUCAUGAAAGAAUAAGAUGGCAACCGAGCCCGGUAUGACGGUAAUAAGUUAUCAAGCAUUGAUAGUUAAUGAAACAAAUAGAAAUGCAAUAAACAUCAAAAUAAAAAACGGAUAC